AUUCCAUUCAUAAUUUGAUUCCUUCCAAACCAAAUUCCAAAACUCACAAUUCUAUCCAACCCUAAAAAUCCUUCCAAACCAAAUUCCAAACCUCACAAUUCUAUCCAACCCUAAAAAUCCCACCAAAGCCUAUGCACUAUAUAUUUCACUCCACUUUCAUUCUUUCAUUCAUUCAUGGAGCUACAAGAGAGAAAUAGCCACCAACCUUCAUAUCACGCAAAACCAACAACAACAUGCCAUGAACUUUCCACCAUGAACCAAUUGUUCAAACAACCAUUUCACCUUAAACAUAACUCUCCACCAAUCAAACUUUUCCAUUUAUCAAACAAUAAACAUCACGCCCCAUGAAAUUCAAAUCUGCAAAAUUCAGAAAAAACUUCACAACAACCUCAACACUAAUCCAACACCAAGUCAUCACCUUAACCAUUCUAACAACACCUACAUAAACAUUCACAAAUACUAAACUUCAACCAUUCAAAACCUGUAAAAAAUAAAAACAAUUCAAUAACAACCCCUCAUGUUCAAACUCACACUCCAUCAAACCACAAACUUGAAAAAUCCAGUCCAAGCACAUCAAAAUUCACAGUAAAUGGAAGUUGAAUUCAAAAAACAAGAGGAGAAGAAACUGAAACGGUACAGAAAACGGAUCCAUGCCAGCGCGAAUUCGAAUCUCCGUUUCCUUUGCCAAAAACCGAAUCAGCCGCGAGCAGCCCCUUCACAGCUCUACGAAACCACCACACGGACUGUCUCCCCGAAUUCCAUCUGAAGCGCCGACGCAGCCUCUUCCGAUCGAGUACCUGCACGAACCGCUAUGCGUCCUCCGCACCGGACCAACCGACGAACUGUCCACCUCCACCGCUCACGACGGAACUCCGCCGUUCACCCGCGACACUGCCAGCAUCCCCAUGCGAGUUGAAACUCCGAAUCGCUCCGAUCUCCUCUCCUCCGCAACCGCGCUAAACGCCUCCGCCGACGAGUUCCAGUGGUUAGAUCUAUGCUUUUUUUUUUAUUAUUUCUUUUGCUGUGAAUAUGCUUGUGUCUGGUUAAGUGUAAAUUGUUGUGUUUGUUGGUUUCUAAGAUAGAGUUUGAGAAAGAAGGAUUGCCAUGGAGAUAAAAGAGUGUUUUUUUUUUUCUGCUUAAGCUGUUCAUUUUUGUUUUUGUUUUUUUGCUAUGCUACGUGUCUUUCUGCGGUUGGUUGGUUUUUGAAUUUUUUUUAAUUAAUAAGUUGAUGGUUUAUAAGUAGCACCAACUUGUUUACAAAGAAAAUACUACAUUGCUGCUUUGCUGCUGCCAAGGAUCUAAUUCUGGACCAAUAGCCUACACCCGCGUAAAAGGCAAACAAGUGACAUCUUUGCUAUCCAGCCCCCAGUUACAUCAGUUAUUACCAUCCCACAAGCUGAGCCUUGGUAAAUAUUUAACAAAUUCAGCUUGGAAAUAAGUGCAUAGAAUGGUUUUGGAAGAAAUGACUUGGUGAAGAAGUUAGCCAACUGAUUAUGAGAGGCAUCAGGGAUCAGUUUCAUCACUCCAUUUUGAACCUUUUCUCUAACAAUAUGACAAUCAAUGUCAAGGUGUUUGGUUCUCUCAUGAAAAACAGGAUUGGUAACAAUAUGUAAGGUAGUUUGACUGUCACAAAAUAAGAGAGGUAUUCUUGAACAAUCAAUCUUCAAAUCCUUCAGUAAGUAAACAAACCAUUGUAAUUCACAUGUUGCCGCAGCAAGAGCUCGAUACUCAGCUUCUGAGGAGGAACGAGCAACUGUGGUUUGCUUCUUGGUUCUCCAAGAGAUGAGAGAAGAGCCAAUGUAAAAGCAAGAACCUGACACUGAUCUUCGAAUAUCCACACAACCAGCCCAAUCUGCAUCAGAGAAACCUGUUAAAUGUAAGGUGGAAUUCAUGGGAAAGAAUAAACAACAACCUGGACAGGAUUUCAAAUAUCUCAAAACUCUACAGGCUGCAUCAUAAUGAGUCAUAGUUAGCUUUGAGCGGAACUGAGCAAGUUGUUGUGUAAUAAAGGUGAUAUCAGGUCUGGUAUUGUUCAAGUAAAUGAGUCUACCAAUUAAUCUCCUAUAGGCUGGUAUAUCUGGAUAUGGGGGACUGUUGUCAUUGAAUAGUUUGAUGCCCGGAUCAGAUGGGGUAUUGGCAGGUUUGAAGGCAAGGAAUCCUGAGUCAGACAAGAGACCAAUGCAAUACAUCCUUUGACAAAGUGAAAUUCCUGUUUGUGAAUGUGUCACCUCCAAACCUAAAAAGUAUUUAAGCAUGCCAAGAUCUUUAAUAUUGAAAGCUCGAUGGAGAAUGGUUUUCAUAAGCUAAAAUUCUGCUAGGGAGUUGCCAGCUAGUAUCACAUCAUCAACAUAAACAAAGAGAAUUAUUAGUGAAUCAUCUGUGAUUUUGACAAACAUAGAAUGAUCUGCAAAUUCCUGUGUGUAUCCAUGGUGAACAAGGAGUGAAACAAGUUUCUGAUGCCACUGUCUACUAGCUUGCUUUAAUCCAUAAAGUGAUUUGAUCAAUUUGCAAACUUGAUUUGGUUUGGUGGUGUGGACUCCUAGAGGAACAGUCAUGUACAUAUCCUCAUGCAACUCACCAUGUAGGAAAGCAUUGUUUACAUCUAGCUAGUGUAGGUGGCACUUGUUGAUGGAAGCCAAAGCUAUCACAAGUCUGACAGUUGUCAUUUUGGCUACAGGAGAAAAUGUGUCAGUAUAAUCUAACCAUUCAAUUUGGUUAUAGCUUUUUGCUACUAACCGAGCUUUGAACCUCUCUAUGCUUCCAUCAGCUCUAUGCUUAGCUUUGUAAACCCAACGACAUCCUAUUGGUUUAACAUUGGGUGGAAGCUCCACCAAUUCCCAAGUACCAGUUUUAUCAAGAGCUUCCAGCUCAGCUUUCAUAGCCUGAUUCCAGCAUUCGAACUUGCUUGCCUCAGUGUAAGAUUUAGGUUCAGGAUGGGAAGAAACUGACAAACUAAAAUGACAUUGAGAAGGAGAUGAUUUUGAAUAAGACAUAAAAGAAUCAAUGGGAUAAGGAGUACCAGAGGAGGAUUGAUUUGGUGUGUCUUUGAAAGAGGCACAUAUAUAGUCUUGAAGAUAUGAUGGUUUAGUCCUCAGUCUGGAUGAUAUACGACCAGGUGGAGAUGAUAUAUGAUUAAGUGGUGGAAUGGUGGAAUCAGUAGUAGAAGGUAAGGUAAUAUCAUCACAAGGGACAAUAGGAUUAGGGAUAGGUGUGAGAUUGUGUUUACGGUGAUUUCCGGUAAACAACCGCUAGUCCUCCAAACUAUAAUAAAUAUGAUUUGGUUACUCGCAGGAUCGACUAGAUUGAUCCUAGGACAUGGUCAAACGAAAGGUUUAUUGAUGUGAUUUGGUUCAUACCUGUUUGUUUUGAUUUCGAGAAAUUUAUGUUCAAAUGACUAAUCAUUCGAGAUAACGCUGGUUAUAUGAGUUAGUGUAACUUCGACGCAUAAAUCGUAAUAAGAAAACAUGUAAAUUGCGAGAAUGUAAAUUGUAAGAAAAUUAACAUGCAAGAAUGUAAGUCGCAAGAAUAUAAAUUGCAGGAAAGUAAUGUGCAUGAAACUAAAUGACUUCGAAAGUAAAAGUUUAAACAAGGAAAGUAAAGAAAACGAAAAGAUAUUUGAUAAAAGUAAAUACACAUGUAUUCAAAUUGGUGGUGUCAUACGUACAUUUCUCAGCGAACUCUUUCUCUUAACACUUGAUACUUGAGCGAUAUGUGAGUGAUUUGUACAAAAUGAACACACGAAAUCCUAUCAUUAAGACUCCUAUUUAUACUAAAUUUGACCCUAACGGUCAUACAAUAAUCUAAUGCCACGUUAUCCACGAGAACUCUGGGGAUGCCAUCUGUCUAUGUGCAGUUUAUAGAAACCGUUUCGCAAUUCAAACCUUCCCGCUCAAGUCCUUUUCGACAUGUGGCCAUAUAGUUAUAUUCGAAAAUGUUACGGAAAUACAUUAAGCUUCAGUACUUUAUGUAAUUUUCCGCGAAAUGUCUAAGUCUUGGCAAAGAUAUCUUCCGUGUUAGCUUUGAUACUUCUCUCCCUCGUUUCAACUUAGACAUUUUCUUGAAGCAUGGCCAUCAGUAGCCAUUUUUUAAAUCUUCGAAGAUGGUCAUCAGUAACCAUCAUUCUUCGAACUUAAAACCUUCGAAGAUCAACUUCUUAAACGAAAUCUCCAGCUAACAAAUUGCCCCCAAUAAAUGCCUGUUUCGACAAACGAGAGAAAUGGGCGUUUCUUGCCAUGAUGGGAUUUCGUUUUGCUUUCUUAGAGUCCCGAGACUAAUAAUUGACGUCAUAAUCAAUUAUGACUCUAUUUCCAAAACGUCUUGUCGCUUUCAAAAACGUCUUCUCAACAGUUACAUUCCCACGUCUUGACCUUACUUUAUGAUCAUUACUCCUAUAUCCUAGGAAUAGAGCUGGUGACUAUUCGACCGCCGUUGGAUUAAAUCAAUACUUGCCGCGUGUCCUUUAGUCUUUACCCAAAAGAUUUGAAAGGGUUUCCGUUAAACCUUUAAAUACUUAGUCUUUUCCUUUCUUUUUCCCUUUCAGUUCUAUUCCUUCAAACUCUUUUCAGAAAAGACCGUACUUAGUUGCCUCCAAACUUCUUCCUCAAAUCAAACAUCUUUCAAUGGCGUCUUCUUCAAAUGCUCUCCAACCAGUUCUGAAGCUUCAGAAACCUAUGCAAAUGGGGAACCAAGAAUACAUACCAAAUCCGAAUACUGCGGAGGAACGCGCCAUUUACGCUUCUCAGGUAAUCAUCCCUUUUGAACUUUCUGGAAAAACUUAUGCUUUCAUGGGCCCGUUACCAGGAGAAAAUAGUUCACCAAAUAAAUUCUUUCCUGCGUAUUAUAAGACUAGGCCUCUGGUUAGCAAGAUUAAAAUAGACGAUGAAGGUAAUCCAAUCUUAGAGGAUUCUAACCCUACAGAAGGGGCUUCGACUGCGCCUCCCGUAGCCUUAGAGAAAAUUAGGUUAGAUUAUGUAACCAAUUUUGUGAAGGUUUUUAGGUCAAUCCCUUUAGCAAAAGAUCCCGAACUGUACUAUUCUUGGUUAGCCAAAGUGGAGAAACAGAAGGCUUCUUUCUGGCAAGAGUUAGGGAUUUAUGACCUAAUUCAAUUGUCCAAGACUGGUUUAGAGUAUAACCAAACUAUGUUAGUAGCGUCAGUCCAUUUCUGGGACUCUUCUCACAAUACCUUUCACCUUCCAUGUGGAAUGAUUACUCCAACCCUUUUCGAUGUAGCUGCCAUCACAGGGCUUCGACCGACUGGCGAAACCUUUGAUCCUAAUGUCUUGGAUGUUGAUACUAUCAACUUCAACGAAGCUACAGUCACUUAUACUGCUUUCAUCCAGCAAUAUCAUGAUCAGGCAAAUGCUGCAGUCUCUGACGUAGAACAUAUUGCUUUCCUGGCAUUAUGGCUUUCGAGGUGUGUUUUCUGCUCCAGGUCCAUACAAGUAGCGAAAAGAUAUCUUUGCAUGGCUAAUCAGUUACAUGAUGGUAAGAAACUGAACCUGAGCCAAUUGAUUCUAGGAUUUCUUUACGAAAACCUUGGUGAAGCUGUAGAUCUUGUAAAGACUUAUACAACAGGAUCUCUCCUUUUUGCUGGUCCCUUCUGGUUAUUACAAUUGUGGCUUAAUGCCACCUUCGAAGCUCACCUCCCAUUCCGGGGCGUCGUCAACGAAGAAGUUCCAGAAAUCAAAAAUCGAACUGUCAAAGGGACUAGAUUGGCCUUGUUAACCCCGAAAGAAGAAACUGGGAAACUUCGUGAACAUUUCUUAGCAUAUGUAAUGAUGUUUGCUAAACGUUACCAGUUCAGUUCUUCGAUGGCUCCAUUUGUACGAAGAGCUGUAGGUCCUGAAUGGUUUACUCGAGAGUUUCCUGCAACAUCUCCGGAUCACCAAGCUGAGUCUUUGGCUAUUUGGGAAGCUUUUCUUACCCCGAGGUUAUUCUAUCACCGCCUUCGACCUUCCAAAGGUCAAUGUAUCCUCGUUUGCUAUCAGCCAAAUCUUGUGUCGAGACAGUUUGGGUUGGUCCAAGUGAAGCCCAAGUGUCUGUAUGACAAAAGGAACCACACGUGCUUCCGUACUUUAUAUCUAACUGAAGAUGAAUGUGAUACGAAGAUAGCCAGAUAUACUGAUGUUUUCACCCUUUCUCCUAUCUCUUUCGUUCCUGCUUUCUAUUCCACUCCAGAUUUUCAACAAUGGUGGUCAGAUUAUUAUACCACACAGAUCUAUGAUGUCGAAGGCCUUACUCGAGAACUAACUGAAGCUUUUACUGCUGUGCAGGAUAAAUUCCACAAAGGUACCUCCACUCACAUUAAAGAAAUCCAAGCUUUUCAAAAGUUCUUUGAAACUAUUUACAGGCCUGAUGAUCUUAGUCGGACCGUUCGCGAAGCUGCUGUUAUUUUACGUGAAAAGUUUUCUGCAAAACUGGAUAAGUUGAAAUUGCCCCCGUCUGUUCGACCAGAACUACGUUAUGAAGUGACAUUUAAACUUAAUCCUCCAAAAUUCCCUCCACUACCAAGUGCUGAUUUUGGUGUGGCUUUAAGUCCUCCUUUCCCAGACUGGUUCGUGUGUGGGAAUGCUUUCAAAAUUCUUCAAGAGAGUACCAAAAAACGCGCUGAACGAGUGGUCCCGACUAAGCAUACCCUGGAUACUUUCAAAGGUCAUCUUCAUAUAGAUCUUGAACACGUUCGUGUCUUGACUCCAAUACCCGAAGGUUUGGGUCUAGUUAAUCUUUAGACUGACUCU